CGACAGCUUUUUGUUUCUUUUGAAAAACCACCUGCAGAGAAUACUCAGAAGUCGAGCUUCGCGGCGAAAACUAAAUCGACAUUUGUGAGGAACGAAAAUUUCUUUGGACUCAUCCAUCGAUGAAAAUACGUCGAGUUUACGAACAACUUUUGAAGCAAGAAAAGCGAACAGUCCUCCGAUUGAAGUGUCUUUCUGGAGCAACAGCCUUUAUUGUCUUCGCUGUGUUUCUCACAACGUUUCUUAGCUCAGAAGUCGUUCGGAAAAUUGCUAAAGGUUUUGGUUUUGAGGAAGGUGACUGCGUUGUACAAGAAUCAUAUUUUACUGGUAGCAAUGUUAGCUGCGCAUGUGGAAUGCACACUUGUUUUAGCCUCUAUCCUUGUUUACGGAUCUUGGUAAAAAUGACUGCGAAACGGACUGAAGAUGCUGAAACAUCUACGCCAGUCCUUCUGCAUAACACCAUUUACGAUAUGGGAUCUGAAUGUACCUACGGGCCUCCUUGUGAGCCAAAUAUCACCAACAACUUCGCUUCUGUGCUCAAAUACAAAAACUCCAAGGGACAGCGAGAUCACCUGUUGCAGUGUUACUUUAACCCGAAUGAUCCCACAGAGGUGAUAUUAGACAAAAGUGCACAUGAAAUGAUUGCGUUUCACGCCAUGUUUUGGCCAUGUUGCGCAUUUAUAAUCGGUUUGUGUAUUCUGCUGAAGACAUAUUACAUGAGGAAAGCUCACAAAAAGCAGGAUGUUGUAAGGCCACAAGACAUUGAACUUGGAGAGACACAUCUCACCUCUAAUAACAACGUUUAUAAUUAUCAUUUGGUCAAAAGUCUUACGGAAUAACUGAAGAGGUGUAUCAUAUUAUCUCAAGCGAAAAAUAAAUUGUAAAGCAGAGAUUUAAUAAUCUCGGAGCAUUGAGUAUAUUUCAUUUUGUCUGUUUUAGUUCUGGUUGUUCGUCUAAACCUUAGAGACUAAUAUAGAGAUUUUUAUGAAACCUAAGAGUUCCCUCUCGGCCCCGAACUCUUCCUUUUUUUUGUUAGCGCAAGAGUAAGAUCGCGGAAAUAGUAGGAUAUCAAGGGCACCGCGGUUCAAGCAUCUCGUUGCAGCCUAAGUGUCCCUUAAAUGCAUCCAUUGUUCGAAGUGCACAACACUGACAUCCCGAUCGUGGUCCCAUUCGCUGUUAGCGAUAAGAAAGGAACCAAAAUAUUGACCGUUAACUUCAAUAUUCUCAUUGUAUAUUGUUUCUUUGAUUCAUUUAUAUAACUUUGAUCCAUUUAUUACUCCAGUUUUUUUCAUAUGCUUUUUAAAUAAUUUCGUUUUCAUUAAUUUGAGAUCUAAAUUAAUAAUUCGUCAAUAUUUUUAA